AUGUUCUUCAACAAGUCCUCCAUCCUGACCAUCGAGUACGGAUCCAGUGCAUCCGAGACCAACCAACAGAGGGUUGAAUUGAGGCAGCUUACUGGAUUGGAUCGCCCUGGCGAUUACUCCUACGUCUCCUCUACUGCUACCUGUGAUCUGUACGACAGUCCCGAAGACGACCCGGUUCUCAGGGGAGUUAGUGGUAGUCGUGAGAUUCCUACGACGUAUAUCGAUGGUGUGUAUUGUUAUACUGGACAGGAGCAGGAGCAGUAG